AUCGUUUCCAGAUCUCUCUCUCUCUCUCUCAUGCCUACUCCCUCACUGCUAUGAAUUUUUUCAAAAGAAAAAAAAAAAGUAAAUUUUUAAGGAAGUUUAAUUAAUUUGAUUCACCCACAUGCCAUUCAACAACCAGGAGGUAGAGGAAAGAAAAAAAAAAAAAAGACUAAAAAAAAAGUGAAUAAAAUAUAUACAGAUGCAGAUGUGUGUGUGUGUAUACACUCGUUUUGUUUCAUAUCCAUAAACCAUUGUGGAAGAUAGGUAGUUUUUAACUUUAUAUAUACACCCAUCUUUGGCCACUUUGCUUUCAUUUUCUGAUAUCUUCUGCCUGUUCUGCUAAGUGGAAAAAAGGAGAAAAAUCAUAUACACAUUCUGCUAAGGACUUGAACCUGCUCUAUUGCCCUUAAUAUAACUUCUUCACCAGCUAGCAAGCAUGGCUUUUCCAAACCAAUCCAUGUCAUCAGUUUCUCCCCAGAGAAAGAUGGGAAGGGGGAAGAUUGAGAUCAAGAGGAUUGAGAACACCACCAAUCGUCAAGUUACCUUCUGCAAGCGCAGAAAUGGCUUGCUCAAGAAGGCAUAUGAGUUAUCUGUGCUUUGUGAUGCAGAGGUUGCUCUAAUAGUCUUUUCAAGCCGUGGCAGACUCUAUGAAUAUGCUAAUAACAGCGUCAAAGGUUCAAUUGAGAGGUACAAGAAAGCAAGUUCAGAUUCAUCUGGUGGUGGAUCUGCUUCUGAGGCUAAUGCUCAGUUUUACCAGCAAGAAGCUGCCAAACUGCGUGUGCAAAUCAGCAAUCUGCAGAAUCACAAUAGGCAAAUGAUGGGUGAGGCUUUGAGCACUAUGAAUACUAAGGAUCUCAAAAACCUUGAGACUAAAUUAGAAAAAGGAAUUAGCAGAAUUCGUUCCAAGAAGAAUGAGCUGCUAUUUGCAGAAAUUGAGUACAUGCAGAAGAGGGAGAUAGACUUGCACAAUAACAACCAGCUUCUUAGAGCAAAGAUAGCAGAAAGUGAGAGGAAUGUGAACGUGUUGUCUGGAAGCACAAGCUACGAAUCGAUGCAAUCUCAGUUUGACUCUCGUGGCUUCUUCCAAGUCACUGGAUUACAGCCCAAUAACAAUCAGUAUGCUGGCCAAGAUCAGAUGUCCCUUCAGUUUGUUUGAAGAUUUUAAGCUUGAGAAGGGUAAAGACUUAGAUUUUCUAUUGUUUGUAUUUUGACAUCUAGUGUGAUAUAUAGGAAUGCUAAACCCAAGGAAAUAUGCAGAACCCAAGAGAGGGAAUCAAUUCAUUAAGUAUUUCCCUCAGUCCUAUGUUGUGGCUUUGUAGACUUAAUUAAUAAGCUAACCUGCAUCUAUUGUGAAAGGUUCUAUGGUCUGUUUAGUAUGUAUACUGAUACUCUUGAGUAUGGAGAUUGCACCAUGGCAUAUUUUGUCUUCUGUUUACUUUAAAUGCAUAUUUCUCCUGUAACAUACAUAUAUAUAGGCUUCUAUAUUUGUCUAUUUCACAUUUCACUUACUAUGAA